AUGCCUGAUUAUUUAUCAAGGUCUCCCGUUGACGAUGCUGAAGAAGAUUCUGACGAAACUACACACCUCAUUUCAAAAUCAACACAAACUGAUAUUUUAUAUAAUAACGAAAAUUCACCCAUCAUUGCAGCUGUUGAAACUCGUGCUAUGAAAUUUCGAAAUAAAACUUUACAUGACAUUGCAAAUACAACAGAAUUAACAUCAGAUUCUCUAAAUACUUCUACUGAAGAGAAUUGCACAACUUCAUUUUCUAUCGAAGAAUUAAUCCAAGCUCAACAAAAUGAUAAUUAUGCAAAAAAUAUUCUAAACAAUAUCAAGAAAUAUAAAAAUUAUAUUGUAAAAGAUAAUCUUUUAAUACGUCGAUUAAAUCAUCCAGCUCCUUAUGUACCACAAGGUGAUCUUCGAAGAACAAUAUUACAAAUUUAUCAUGAUACUGCAGCAAAUGGUGCUCAUUUUGGAAGGAAUAAAACUUUGCAUAAAAUUAAACAACGUUAUUUUUGGCCAUCUAUGUAUAAAGAUAUUGAAAAUUAUAUUAAAUCCUGUGUUCCAUGUGCUCAAUUUAAUCCUCGUCGUCAAAAAACUCCUGGUACUUUACGACCUAUUAAACCACCUGAGGGAGUUUGGCAAUUAGCAGCAAUGGGUUUUCAUAGACCUAUUACUCCAACAUCUCAACGUGGAAAUAAAUAUAUUAUAUCUCUUACAGAUGUCUUAUCCAAAUUCGUUGUUACAAAAGCUGUACGUGAUAAUACAGCUCAAACAGCUGUUCGAUUUCUCAAAGAAGAUAUUAUUUCAAAAUUUGGAACUCCUCGUUGUAUCCUGACUGACAAUGGAACACAUUUUACAUCAACAUUAAUGAAUGACUUAAUUAAACAAAUUGGAGCAACACAUUUAUAUUCAACACCAUAUCAUCCUCAAACAAACGGUCAAGUUGAAAGAUAUAACUCAACUAUAGAUGCAAAAAUUGCAGCAUUAUCAAACUUUAAAAAAACCGAUUGCGAUGAUCAAUUACCAUUUGUUACAUUUAAUUACAAUGCUUCAAUUCAUUCUUCAACGAAACAAAUACCGUUCGAAAUGAUGUAUGGUCGACUACCUGUUUUACCAUUUGAUUAUCAAGAUACAAAUGUUACAUUUUCAUAUGAUUCUGAACAUGCGAAAAAACUUAGACAAUUUUUAUCCAAAUUAAACGAACAAGCAAAAACUAAUAUUAUUAAAAAUCAAGAACGAUAUAAACAACGUUAUGAUAUAAAUCGUUCUGAUCCAACCUAUAACAUUGGUGACUUAGUUCUUGUUAAAACACUCAACAUCCGUUAUAAAUUCGAUAUUCGUUAUGAAGGACCAUUUAGAAUCAUUCAAACAAUUACACCCAAAACGUUUAUCGUUCAACACGUCAAAAAACCAACAUUAUUUCGUCAAGUUACAACCGACGUGUUACUACCAAUAUUUGAACGAAUUUAUUAA